AUGAGGAGAUCUACUCGCGCAGCUGCGUCGAGACAUGGUGCAGGACAGCCACGUAAGAGGACGUUGGAGUCACUGGCAGCAGACGUGCCAGUGAUGCCUAUUGGAGUAGAGCCUGUUAGUCAGGGACAUAUUGCGAGCGCGUUAGGUUCUCAGACCCCGAUGACUCUUUUAGAUGUGCCUACCUCGGCUGCACCCGUGGUACCCACCUCUACCAUUUUUACGGUACCACCAGCGGUACCACCGGCGUACCCGGCGCCACCGCCACCUGAACCUACCGUGUAUCCGGCGCUAGUGGCACCCGUACCACCAGCACCUACAGUGUACCCAACACCCGCAUCAGCGGUACAGGCUGCUCCACUUCUGGUACCAUCAUCUAUCGUACCUUCAGCUGCGGCCACAUAUGCUGAUUCUGCAGUGCCACCAGUGGCAUCUGGCCCAGUUUAUGUAGCAGCAUCGGGGAUACCUCCCCCGGCCUAUCCAGCGGUACCACCUGUAGUACCAGCUUAG